AAGGAAAAUUACUGCGGUGUACUUCAACUAUGAUACUGUCACUACUUUUCCCAGUUGAAAAGAAGAACAAAAAUUAGUGUGGUGUACUUCAAUUAUGACACUCUCACUACUCAACAGUUCAUUUAGGUCAGUAAAGCGUACAGUAUACAACUCCAAAUAUUCUUCGACAAUCAAUCCCAAAGAGCAAAGCAGCCAUGGCCACACUGACUCACGCCGCCGCCGCCGCCGCCAUCGCCAUCACCGCCUCAUCACCGCUCGCAAAACCCAUCUCUUCCAGUCGCACCACCACCAAUCCCCUAUCCCAUCUCUCUUUCCCUUUCUCCCCAUCCAAAACCCUAAACCUCACCGCCAAAACCACCUCAAUCAAAUCCUCCUCCUCCUCCGAUCUCUCCACCACCACCGUAACGACGACCUCCAUCUCCUCCUCCCCGCAAACCCUCAAGUCCCGCCUCCACAAUGGCGACACCCUCUACGGCCUCUUCCUCCUCAGCUUCUCCCCCACCCUCGCCGAGAUUGCCGGCCUCUCCGGCUACGACUUUGUCGUCGUCGACAUGGAGCACGGCCCCGGCGGAAUCUCCGAAGCCCUCUCCUGCCUCCGCGCCCUCGCCGCCACCCAAACCCCGGCGAUCCUCCGGCUGCCGGAAUCCUCCCCGACCUGGGCCAAGAAAGCCCUCGAUCUCGGCCCGCAGGGGAUCAUGUUCCCGAUGAUCGACAGCUCCAAGGAGGCCGAGAAAGCCGUCUCCUACUGCCGCUUCCCUCCCGCCGGCGUCCGCGGCUCCGCACACACCGUCGUCCGCGCCUCCAGCUACGGCAUCGACGAGGGGUAUUUGAGUAAUUACGAGGACCAAUUGCUGAUCAUGUGCCAGGUGGAGACCGAGGAGGGCGUGAAGAGAGCGGAGGAGAUCGCGGCCGUCGCAAGCGUUGACUGCGUGCAGAUGGGGCCGUUGGAUCUGAGCGCCAGCCUUGGGUACCUGUGGGACCCGGGGAACAAGAAGGUCCGGAACGCGUUGAAGGUUGCCGAGAAGGCCGUGCUGGGCACCGACCCCCUUGUGGGUGGGGCCUACUUGGCUGGGUUCGCUAUGCCCCACGAUGGGCCCCAGGACCUGAGGACACGUGGCUACCACAUGGUGUCCGGUUCCGUCGACGUCGGGCUGUUUAGGAGCGCAGCGGUGGAGGACGUGAGGAGGUUUCAGGCGAGCUUGAUCAACGGCUCUGAUGAGGAGCGUGGGGAUGAUGCAGAUGAGAAGUACUGGAGCGAAUGAUACCUUUGACUUUGUAAAUUCUCGUGGGUUUUGUGGUGUUUUUCUAUAAUAAAAAAAAAGUUUAUUUGCCGGCUUAA